AUGUCUUACCAAGACCACGAAAAUCCUCCUGCGGUCGCGCGUCCCCUGCCUGCCACACCGCGACUCAAUCCAGUCGAGCUUGCACCAGCUCACGAGCCUACAUCGCCUUCGCUAACGUCCUCAUUCAUCGCAAUCAAUGCCAACCAGCGGCGCUCAGAUUCAUUGUCCACUCAGUCAACCGAUGUCCCUCCACGUCCACCUACACCUCCGCCACGGCCAGUCGCACACCUACUCGCCGAAUGGGCACGCGACUCCACGCCGUUCCGGGGUCUCCAGGAAGCCGUGAUGCAAGGUCGAGCCGCUGAAUCUCAGAUCGAGAAUUACUGGAAUCUGGUCGAAGAGGCGAGGAGAGAUGAGGCUGAACGCGCAAGGAAGAGGCAUCAGAGAGAAUGGGAGAUGAGCCUUCAGCGGGCAGACUUUUCGAAUGUCGGUGACGGGAGUACUCCAGGCAGAGGACGCAGAAGCAGUAUGGGCCCGAUGGACAAGUGGUAUCAGGGCUAUCUUAGAGGCGAGAGUCCAGUCGGCCAAGCAGCGCACAUCACAUCUCUGCCGUGGAAUGUCCGAGACGAGAUGAAGGUGGAGUACACAGACAUGGCCGCAGUCGCCCAGGACGACAUUGCGACGGAGACCUCUCCGACUCCGGGUUCCCGGGGCGCCUAUCAGAACGAUGACUCGCUCGAUGAGAGGACAAGCACAUCCGAAGCGAGUGGCACCGAGGUCGACACCGAGAAGGCCUCCGUAUUCAGCGAGCGCGCUAGCGAUGAGAUGGACUGGCAAUCGACCGACGACGAGACACAGACUGCAAGACGGCCGAAUGCUGGGCGCAUCAUGCGGAAGAAACACAGAAGAGAUUCGAAGAAAGACUCGAAAUUGCGGAGCAAGAAGCUUGCUCAACAUAUCUCCACGACUGAUGAUGACCCAGAUGGACAUGUCUUCGAAAGCCGACGGUCAGACUCUGACACAGACCUGCCGCUUGAGAAUGAUGAGGACGAAGUGAUGGACAGCAUCGAGUCUGAUCAAAUCAACACCGAAGGAUCAAACACCGACAGGGGCUUCGGCACGAGCAUACCCUUCUCGUAA